CAUUUAUCAGCAGAAUGUCGCAACUGUGUAUUCCGUACAGCCCGCACCCCGCUUUGGUUAACAGCAACUCAGGUAGUUGCUGCUGGUUUUCGACCUGAACAUCGAGCACUGAAAAUCAGUGCCACAACGUCCUCCCGAGUCUUCCCAGCCAAGCUGGAAAGACCGCGCCGCCAGGAUGGGGCUCCCCAAGUCCAAGAAGUCGGUUGGCCUCGGCAACCAGCUGAUGAAGGACCGGUUUGGCAAGGGCAAGGGCAGCGACCGGAAACGAGUAUCAGCAGUCACGCGCAUCGACCACUCGACUGGCCAGGAGUACAUCACCAACGACCGCGAGGAGGCAGCAUGGGUCAAGAUGCGCUCCGUCACCGAGCAGGGCGCCCUGGACGAGUUCCUGGCCACCGCCGAGCUCGCCGGCACCGACUUCACGGCCGAGAAGAUGAACAACGUCAAGAUCAUCCACACCGACCAGCGCAAUCCGUACCUCCUCUCGGCCGCUGAGGAGCGGGCCGUGCUGGGAAAGCAGAGGGAGCACAAGGCCCGUCUCACGGUGCCGAGGAGGCCGCACUGGGACGCGUCGACGACGCCCGAGGAACUCGACCGCCUCGAGCGCGACAGCUUCUUGGAGUGGCGCAAGGGCCUGGCCGAGCUUCAGGAGACGCACGACCUGCUGAUGACGCCGUUCGAGCGGAAUCUCGAGGUGUGGAGGCAGCUCUGGCGGGUUAUUGAGCGGUCCGACGUGGUGGUGCAGAUCGUCGACGCCAGGAACCCGCUGAUGUUCCGGUGCGAGGAUCUCGAGGCUUACGUGAAGGACGUCGAUCCGAAGAAGCAGAACCUACUGCUCAUCAACAAGGCCGAUAUGAUGACCUACAAGCAGCGGAAAGCAUGGGCGAACUACCUCAAGGGCGCCGGUAUCGCGUACCGAUUCUUCUCUGCCCAUCUGGCCAAGGAAAUGCUCGAGGCCCAGGGAUCCGACGAAAGGGAGAGUGAGACGGAGAGCGAAGGAGCCGGUCCGAGCGGGGGCAGUGCGCCUUUGAAACAAGAUGGGUCGGAUGACGAGAGUGAGGACGAUUCCGCAGAGGAAAGUCCCGAACAGCCGGAAGACGAUGGGGAGGCAGACACGAGGAUUUUGACGGUGGAUGAGCUGGAAAGCAUGCUGCUCCAGUACGCGCCGAAAGAUGCUGCGCCCGAUCGGAAACUGCAGGUCGGUUUGGUCGGUUAUCCCAACGUCGGAAAGUCGUCGACCAUCAACGCGCUCAUCGGGGCCAAGAAGGUGUCGGUCUCGUCGACUCCAGGCAAAACGAAGCACUUCCAGACGAUCCAUCUCAGCGACAAGGUCAUCCUGUGCGAUUGCCCGGGUCUCGUGUUUCCCAACUUUGCCAGCACCAAGGCAGAGCUGGUUUGCAACGGCGUGCUCCCCAUCGACCAGCUGCGCGAGUACAGCGGGCCUGCCGCCCUCGUAGCUCGCCGGAUUCCGCAGGCCUUCCUGGAGGCGAUCUACGGCAUCCAAAUACGCACCCGCCCUCUCGAGGAAGGCGGCACCGGAAUUCCGACCGGCGAGGAGCUGCUCACCGCCUAUGCCCGUCGGAGAGGCUUCAUGACGCAAGGUCUGGGUCAACCAGACCAGUCGCGAGCCGCGCGGUACAUCCUCAAGGAUUACGUCAACGGCAAGCUGCUUUAUGUCGAGCCGCCGCCGGGCACCGCCGAUCCCAAAGAGUUCAACCGCGAGCUCUACGACAUCUCACAGCUUCCCGCCAAGAGGCGGGCCGCGAUCGCGGCAGCGAUGGAGGAGCUGUCUCUCGAAGGCGACGACACGGCCUCGGCGCUGUCCGACAUGCCUUCCCUCCCGCGCGGAUCCAAGUCCGAGAAGAUCGACAAGGCUUUCUUCAAGGCCGGCCAGGGUAGCGCUGGCCACCUGUCGAUGCCGUUCAACUACAAGUACUCGCAGCAGGGCCAGGCGGCGGCAGCAGCGGGCAAGCAGCUGAGCGGGCGCAAGCUGCGCACUAUGAUUGCGCUGGAGAAGGGCAUCGAUCCCAGGGACGUGCAGAUGGCGUCGGGGAAGAAGCACUUCAAGGGCGGGCAGAAGGGGAAACGGAAGAACAGGGGGAACAGGGCUGAUGAGGACGACUGAGCUGGUGAUUGUGGAUAGAGUUAAGUACGGUCCGGGGUGUCCCACUAAAGCGCGGCUGUUCGCUUGUGGGGAUCUAUCUGGUGGGCGUUCUCAAAUAAGAGGGCAUCAAUUUACACAGUAGAUGACGGACUUUCCUUCACAAUUGAGCUUGACGGAUAUAGAGGACGGAGAGGCGUUGGCGCAGAGAAUAGGGGGCAGACCGACACGUAUAACCCUAACCCUCACUUUGUGGUGUGGGCGGCGCUGACUGGGAAAUUUUCCAAUUGCGAGUCAACCGUCUCCUCGAAGC